UAAAGCACCCAGCACCGCGCGCAAUGUCUCCAAACACCUGGACGGAUUUCGUGGAAGCCAUUUGUUCCACUUAUUCCUUUUACGCUCAGUCUUAGCGCCUCUUUUGGUGGGAACAAGAUGUCCUGGAUGUAUUUUCUCCGGAGACUGUAAAGUGGAGGGAAGCGCAGAUCGCUGAGACCAUGUGGAGAGCGGCCACGUCCCUUGGUGGGAGCACCGGAGGCAAAACGCGACUCUAAUGGGAAACCAUUAUUAGCGCUUUCCUGGAGAAAACGAUCCUUCGAUGAGGAAACAAAGGGGGAAGAGAUGGUAGAGAAUGGCCGCACCUGACCUUCUUGACCCGAAGUCUGCCGCCCACAACUCCAAACCUCGCCUGUCCUUCUCGGCCAAACCGGUGGUGCUGAACGCCCCAGAGGAUGAGUGUGACACCCGGACCACUGUCAUGAGGUGGAAAACUGUGUCAGCCAUCUUCUUCCUGGUGGUGCUUUACCUAAUCAUUGGGGCGACGGUGUUCAGAGCGCUGGAGCAGCCUCAUGAAAGUUUCCAGAAACUGGCCAUUCUUGAAGAAAAACUGGAAUUCUUGGCCAUGCACGCCUGCGUAAACUCCUCUGAGCUGGAGGAUCUGGUGAGGCAAGUGGUUUCAGCAGUCCGAGCAGGUGUGAACCCAUCAGGAAAUUCAUCCCAUCAGACAAGCCUCUGGGACCUCAGUUCCUCUUUUUUCUUUGCUGGAACAGUUAUCACCACCAUCGGAUUUGGGAACAUCUCUCCUCACACAGAAGGAGGGCGGAUCUUCUGUAUAAUCUACGCUCUGCUGGGGAUUCCCCUGUUUGGAUUCUUACUGGCUGGUGUUGGGGACCAGUUAGGGACGAUUUUUGGAAAAGGCAUCGCCAGGGUGGAGAAGAUGAUUGUGAAAUGGAAAGUCAGCCAGACGAAGAUCCGCGUCAUCUCCACACUGCUCUUCAUCCUGUUCGGGUGCCUCAUCUUCGUGGCCCUGCCCGCCGUCAUCUUCAAGCACAUCGAAGGCUGGAGCACCCUCGAGUCCAUCUACUUUGUCGUCAUCACCCUCACCACCAUCGGCUUUGGAGACUUUGUCGCCGGUGAAAAAGGUGGGUCAGAGAGUCCAGAGUACCUGGACUACUACAAGCCAGUGGUGUGGUUCUGGAUCCUGGUGGGCCUUGCAUACUUUGCUGCUGUGCUCAGUAUGAUCGGAGACUGGUUCCGGGUCAUCUCCAAGAAAACUAAGGAGGAGGUCGGGGAGUUCCGGGCUCAUGCAGCCGAGUGGACAGCAAACGUGUCAGCAGAGUUCAAAGAGACCCGGCGGCGGCUCAGUGUUGACAUCUAUGACAAGUUCCAGCGUGCUGCAUCCAUCAAGCGCAAGCUGUCAUCCGAGCUGGGCAUUAACACAUCCAUCAACCAGGAAAUGACCCCUGGCAAGAGGACGCUGUCGGCCAACCUGUGUGAGGACAGAGAGGGUUACCCCAACUUCACUCUCUCCCUCAGUCCCGUCCCGGGGGCCCUGGCCAGGAACGGCAGCCUCUAUCUAAACGGCCUCAGCCCAGACUACGCCGACCGGCGGGAGAUUGCCAUUAUUGAAAAUCUCAAAUGAGGAGCAGCAUGAAAAUGAGAUAUAGGGAACUGAGUGAAACACAUCUAGUACAAAACACAACACACACUUUUGUGCUUAUAGACUGAGCAGCAGGGAUAAGGUAUCCACACGCAUUCAUUAAGUGGAUUGUGCUCCAAUCAUUGAUUGAAAACCUUGAGAGUGACUUAAACACAGAUCAAUUGUUAAGCUCCGUACUUUCAUGUGCGUGUUUAAUACUCAGAGACAAAAACCCAUACGGUGUGAUAGCUCCUUUCAUUCUAUGAAAGAGUCUGACUUGCUUUUAUUUAGUCUGUGCCAAUGUGAUCGAAAGCUGUGCUAGUGAUUGAGCCAAAUCAGAAGCGUGCUCCCACCUGGAUUUUAAAAAAAAAUAGCGAUUGUAUCAGAGGCACGAGUUUCAACAAACUUC